AUGAGCGGCUCCGGCUCCCUCCAACAUAUCGACGCCGUCGAUGCCUUUGCCAGAACUCUCUUCUUGCGUGCCCAGAAACAUCCCGCUCGUCCUCUGUCCGACACCGCCCUCGCCGUUCGUCAGCUCCACCUUGCCCUCCGCCAUCUCCGCGUCGAGGCUGCCGACCCCGAUUCUCUGCUCAACCAGGGGCCCGACUCGACAGUCUAUGCCCGCCAAGUGCAGCCUAUUGUCCAGGAUUGCGAUUUUGCCCUCAAGCAGCUCGAGACAGUGCUCGACCGCUAUGAUGCCUCCGGUGGCCGUCACUUAGACGCCCUUGCCGACCGCGUGGCUGCCGUCCGAUCGAGGCUUGAAAACGAAAAGAUGAGCGUCGACAUGCUGCUAGAUACUGUGCAGCUGCACAACCCUGCUCACGCUCCCUCCGACCACAUGCUGCACGGCAGUGACGCCGGCCUCGAGCGCAUCAAAGACAAGGUGGAUGACAUCGCCGCAAGGCUCUUUGGCCGGCGAGACCUCGGCGGAACCAUUGGCGAUGAGGACCGACUGUGGCAAGAGUUCAAGUCGGAGCUCGAAAAGGAAGGCUUUUCGCCUCAGGUCUUGCGUCAGCACAAGGAGGUGUUGCGCGCAUACAUUCGUGAGCUUGAGACCAUGUCGACCCUCACCGGCGGUGCUCCCCCAAGCGUCCGCGGCCUCCUUGAGAACCAUGCCCGGAACCCUGGACCACCACCCGUGCCCCCCAAGGAGCGUAUUCACCCUUCCGUCUUCGAGGAAAAGUCUCUCCUUAGCGUCAAGAGUGAGCGACGCCAGCCCGGACAUAUCCCCGAAUCACCUUCACAGUAUGAGGGCCAUUCAUUCACCUCGGAUGAUGGGACAAAUGCCAGGACCCACUCCAUGACCCUCAUCUCUACCAAGGAUCUAAUGGCCAUGGACUCUCUACAGUCGGGUAUGGCGGGGCUGCAUCUUCAACCCCAUGUUCACGCCCAUCGCUCGUCGCCAAGAAGCACCCAAAAGUACCUGACCUCUGGGGCCACAGGAAGAAUAGAUGUUGCCUCAUCCCAUAAUCCUUCGGCUUCGGCCAACUCCCUGCUGCUGGGUUCGUCUCCUGGGAAUCCGUAUAACCCAUCUCUCCAGACUGCUUCGGCGCCUCACUCGCCAUCCCAUGCCUUGAGCACAAGAUCGAUGCCGUCGCGUCUGGCACCAGACCGCUACGGCAAGGAAAUCCCUAUGGAGGCGCAGUGGACCAGGAUAAGACGGACUCUGGUGAGCCCCGAAGUCCUCGAACGAGCCCGGGUCCGGUACGAGGCCCGCCCCGACUACGUCGCGGUUCUCGGCCGCCUCACGCGCGAGCAGAUUGCCGAUUAUGCCCGCCAGAGCGCCGAAUGUCGAGCUGCCAGGUCAGGCGGGCACCCGCCCCAGAGACGGCACGACAGGCAUCAGCGUCGAGAGCGUGCAGACUCCAAGAGCAGCGGCGACGAUGAAGAUGACGACAGUGCGCUCUGGGACGAAAGCGACUCAACCGACUACGACGAUGACAAGACGUCCUUUGACAAGGAUAGCAAGAGCUACCCAUACAUCGUCAACCCCCCGAGCAAGGACAAGACCUCGCCGGCCAGUACCGUCAUGCCCAAGCCAAUUCUGAAGAACAAGAACGAAAAUCACGUCAGAUUCGACCCCGAGCCCCAUGAAGUGAAACCGAAGAGCGCCCGGUCUUUCAAGGACGAGCGUGAUCGUCGCGAGGACCACGCUUCCAGAAGGCCGCGCGACAGCCGGGACAGAGAGGGCUCAGGCCGUAACCGUGAUGGGCAUCGACGCGACAGUGAACGCUACAGCGGCGAGCGCGAUCGAUACAGCGGUGACCGGGAAGAGCGGAACAUCAAGAAGAAGGCCUGGGGCGAAACGCUUGGCGCCGUGGGCAUCGGGGGCGCCGCGGCGAGCCUCCUCGGUGUCUUGGCCGAGGCUGCUGUCGGAGGAGCGUAG